CUGAGCAUAUGCAAGCAAUAACUGUUCCCUGUCCUCUGGCUGCAAACAAAUGCUUUGCAAGACUCCGGGGCAGCCUUGGGGGAGCAGCAUGUCUCCAGGUGGGAUCAUCACCUUAGCAAUUGCAGUCUUUGCCUGGGAAAUCAAUGCGGGCCCAGGACCCACUCCCAGCCAAGAGCCAACACAAAAAACAGACUCCGUGUUACCCAUAGACUGUAGAUUGAGCCACUGGAGUGAAUGGUCACAAUGUGAUCCUUGCCUCAAACAAAGCUUUCGCUCCAGAAGCAUUGAAGCCUUUGGACAGUUUCAUGGGAAAAGCUGUGUUGAUGCUCUGGGAGAGAGACAACAUUGUGAACCCACUGAGGUGUGUAAGGAAGCACAGGAAGGCUGUGGGAGUGACUUCCAAUGUGGAACAGGCAGAUGCAUAAAGAGGCGACUCCUGUGUAAUGGUGACAAUGACUGUGGAGAUUUUUCAGAUGAGGAUGACUGUGACAGUGAUCCACGACCCCCAUGCCGUGGCCGAGUGGUUGAAGAAUCUGAGCUGGGAAGGACAGCAGGCUUUGGGAUCAACGUUCUAGGGAUGGAUCCCCUGAGCACACCUUUUGACAAUGAGUUCUACAAUGGACUCUGUGACCGGAUACGGGAUGGAAACACUUUGACAUACUAUCGCAAACCCUGGAAUGUAGCUUUUCUGGCCUUUGAAACCAAGGCUGAUAAAAGUUUCAGAACUGAGAAUUAUGAAGAACAGAUUCAAAUAUUCAAAAGCAUCAUCAAGGAGAAGACCUCAAAUUUUAAUGCAGAUUUAUCUCUAAAACUUACAGUCACUGAAACACCUGUAAAAGGAGCUAAUGACAUUUUCCCAGACAAAAACUCUUCAAAGCCUAGGGACACUUCAGCUAAGUUUCAAUUUUCAUAUUUCAAGAAUGAAAAUUUUCAACGAUUGUCGACAUACUUUUCAAAGACGGAAAAAGUGUUUCUGCAUGUGAAAGGCAUGGUUCAUCUAGGUAGAUUUGUGAUGAGAAAUCGAGACGUUGUAGUGACAACAACUUUCCUGGAUGACAUAAAAGCUCUGCCAGUUUCCUAUGAAAAGGGAGAAUAUUUUGGAUUUUUGGAAACGUAUGGGACUCACUACAGUAGCUCUGGGUCUCUGGGAGGACUCUACGAAAUUAUCUAUGUCUUGGAUAAAGCUUCCAUGAAAGAGAAAGGUAUUGACCUGAAUGAUGUAAAGCAUUGUCUUGGCUUUAAACUGGAUGUAUCUCUAACCACCCCUAUACAAAGCAUCUUAGAUGGACCAUCACUCACAGCAAAUGUUAAUAAAAAUGAUUGCACAAAGACCGGUGGUGGUAAAACUGUAAACAUCACCAGUGAUAACAUCAUAGAUGACGUCAUUUCAUUCAUAAGAGGAGGAACCAGUAAACACGCAAUUCUCCUGAAAGAAAAGCUUCUCAGAGGAGCCAAGACAAUUGAUGUGGAUGACUUUGUCAACUGGGCAACAUCCUUGAAUGAUGCUCCAGCUCUCAUUAGUCAAAAACUAUCCCCUAUAUAUAAUCUGGUUCCUUUAAAAAUAAAAGAUGCAUACGUAAAGAAACAGAAUUUGGAAAGAGCUGUUGAAGACUAUAUCAAUGAAUUCAGUGUUAGAAAAUGCCAUCCUUGUCAAAAUGGAGGAACAGCGGUUCUUCUGGAUGGGCAGUGCCUCUGUUCCUGCCCACUCACAUUUAAGGGAAUCGCCUGUGAAAUCAGUAAACGGUAUCUUUAAGGAAAUAAAUCAGACCCAAGUUCACAUGGAAGGAAAAAAAAGGACAAAAUCCCAGGACUUUCCAACUUAGCAUCCUACCCUGGAGGAAAUCCUCACCGCCAAGUGGAAAGAAGCUUGCUUCAUGGAAAUCCUACCAACCUCUGAAGUUCUCCCUCUUUUAGGUCUACAGUGACUUUCCCCCUUCUUUAAUGCCUAUAAUGCUUCCAUUUUUUAUUCUCUAAUGAAGAGUCAGCAGUGAGACAUGCCAGGACUGCUUUUUCCCACAGGCAAUGCCAAUCUCUUGCUAAUAAAACAACAUUAAAUUAAAAACAGAAUGUUGUUCUAAA